GUGAAGGGUAUUGCAGCACGCAAGUGGAUUUGCAGUACCUAUCGGCAGAUGCAGUGAACCGCCUCGCAUCCUUCUCCAGGAGAAGAUUUGUUUCUCUACUUCCUCUCAAGCGGAAGUUUAAUAAUACCCCAGGAUGCAGGUUUGAUGAAGUCCGCCUCCGCGACUGUUACAGGGUCCCGAGACUCAGCGGGAGGCGAGUAUUGCCUGCCCAGUGUAUGCAUAUACCUCGCCAUUCAUUUCUCUUGUUGCAGUCAAACUUGCGCGCUUCAUAGGAUCGAACCUUCGACAGGAUGUCAGACCUCUCGACUUCGCCUGAUUACAUCGGGUGGAAACUGGUUAUCUUUACGGCCGUGUUUAUCCCGCUUCAGACUAUCGCUGUCCUUCUACGUUUUUAUGCUCGUAGGUUUGUUGUUGGUACUAAAUACACGUUGGAAGAUGCCCUGGUUCUUUUGUCUCUUGUACUUCAGAUCAUCCUCUCGAGUGUCGGAGUCGCUACUGUCCCUCAAGCUGGGGUUGGAUACCAUGUCGAUUAUCUCAAAGUCCAUGAUCCGGCUAAGCUUUUCGCUUGGUUCAAAUACCUGCUGGCAAUAACAGUGAUAUACGCUUUCGCGUCUGUUAUCCCCAAGUUGGCUAUCCUGGUACUCUAUCACCACGUCUUUGCCACGCGCAAAUUCCGGAUCAUGUCGUGGGCUUUAGCGGCAUUUCUUGUCGGCCAGAUAGUUUGCAACACCAUUGUUUUGCUUGCCGCGUGUCGGCCCUUCGAAGCAAACUACAACCCAAUAGUUCCCGGGGCUACCUGCAUCAAUAGGGAACUGUUCUUCACCUGGGCGACGCUUCCCAACAUUGUAACAGACAUUAUCAUGCUGGCUCUUCCGUUACCAGUUGUAUGGGGCCUCCACAAUACACUGCGCAUCAAGCUUGGUCUCACAUUUACCUUUCUCGUCGGGAGCAGCGGACUGAUUACUUCCAUACUUAGGUUCCAGACAUUUUUACAUACCGACUUAUUCAAAGACACAACCUGGGAUGCAGUGGAGUUGAUUUUCUGGACUCUUGUCGAACCUGGAUCAUAUCUGAUUUCUGCAUGCCUCCUGUCCUACCGACCUUUGCUGGAGCGUUUCACCUUACUUUGCCCUUUGGGACCCCGAAGAGGCGGUCACGGUCGCUCUCAAAGCACAGGUUAUCGAACCGGAAGGUCUGGCGCGGAUGGAACUGGAGCUUUGCCUCUCACAAACAGGAGCACGCAUACGAAGGGAUUCAAAGAGUUGGAUGAUGAUGAGGCUGGGAGCAUCGACACAAGCACUCUCGCAUUUGCGAGCCAUGGGAAUGGAGUCAGACAUCCUCGAAGCGGGUUGAUUACAGUAACCACAGAUAUCGAGAACCAGUGGUCAGAGCGUUGAACCUGCCUGGCAGCGCAGAGAUAUAGUUCUGAUAAUACGCCAUCUGAAUCCUCUGAUGGACGAACGGCUCUGUAUACUCAGUGAUUCAGAGCACUGCUUCGGUGACAGCCUUCCAAA